CCGCCGCGUCCACGCCAUAGAUAGUCACCGAGCUCUGACCAGCUACAGUAUCCGACCAAAUCCACCAAAUCCACCACCCGAACCUAAAGUUCGUGCUUGUGACACCUCCACCUCCACUGACCCACAGCGCUCACAUUUAACAGUGGGGGAUAGCACUCCAUCUUCCCUACAUACCUCAACAACUCCGCCUCGAGCCCCGCACGCCAGCCCGCCAGCUACAUACCGGCACAUACCCACGCACACCCCACGAACGAUGGCGCGAACCAAAAAGCCGCGGCCCUCCGCGCGCGACCUCUUCAGCCGGUCGUCGUACGACCGCGACGCGCCCGCCUACACUGCGGUCGACACCGGCCCCUCCCACACCCUCCCACCCGUCUCCGCCCGCCCCUCCACCUCCUCCACUUCCUCGGGCGACGACGAGGAAGGCGCAGACGUCCUCCGUGAGGAAGAAGAGCGCGAGAAGCUGCUAGCAGGCGGACUGUUCGGGGGGAAGGGCAGCAUCAAGAUCGGGAAGAAGGUGCGCGGGCACCGCAGGAAAAGGAGUGCGGGACAGGUCGCCAGUAUGAUGGGUGGGAAACGGCUCGGUAUGGAGGCCGGCGGCGAGUAUGGGAUUGGUGAUGAGAGUAGUGAUGGUGAUGAGGAUGAGCGCCUGGGCGGCGCGUGGGGCGAGAAGGGAGGGGUUAAGCCGAGGAAACCGACAUUCAGAAAGAUCAUACUGUUUACGUCGCUGCUGCUGAGUUUUCUGGUCGUGAUGAUAUUCGCGUCGCUGGCGCUAUCGCAAGAGCGUGGGGCGGGGCCAGCGAUGGUGUUCCACAACGGCACGCACGCGUUCGCAAAGACGACGCUGCUGAUCUCGCUCGACGGGCUGCGCGCGGACUUCCUGAACCGACAUCUGACGCCCACGCUGACGUCGUUCAUCAAUUCUGGCGUGUCGCCGCCGUACAUGGUCCCGUCUUUCCCGUCCGUCACGUUCCCGAACCACUGGACUAUCGUUACGGGACUGUAUCCGGAGAACCAUGGCAUAGUCAGUAAUUCGUUCUAUGAUCCGAAGCUGAAGGCCGAGUUUUAUUACACCGACCCCGCAAGGAGUCUGCAGCGGCAAUGGUGGGGUGGCGAGCCUAUAUGGCAGACAUUGGAGAAGCAGGGUGGCAGGGCUGCCGUCCACAUGUGGCCGGGCUCUGAGGCCGAUGGGCAUGGGGCGGCGGUGGUCGAUCGGUUCAACUCUACGGAGAGGCUGGAUAUCAAGGUGGACCGCAUCCUGGGAUUACUGGAUCUGCCGGUGCAGAAACGGCCGCAGUUGGUCGCCGCGUAUGUUCCGGAUGUCGACGUGAGUGGACAUAAGUUCGGCCCCAACACUACAGAGACGGACAAUACGAUCAGGGACGUGGACGGCAUGCUGCACUCGCUAUUCCUCGGCCUCGAAGCACGGAACCUCAGCGAGAUCGUCAACGUCGUCGUCGUGUCGGACCACGGCAUGGCCAGCACCGACCGAUCCCGGCUGUUCUACUUCGAAGAUCUCAUGGACACCUCACUGAUCGAGCACGUCGAUGGGUGGCCUCUGUACGGUCUACGCCCCUACCCGCAACACAACCUCACCGAGAUCUACGUAGGGCUCAAAGCGCAAGAAACGCCGGACGGGCACUGGUCGGUGUACCUGCGCGACGUGGACAUGCCCGCGCGCUACCACUUCAGCCGCAAUCCGCGGAUCGCGCCGCUAUGGAUCGUGCCCGAAACCGGCUAUGUCAUCGUCACGAAGAAGGAGUACCCGCCGGACUCGACGGAGCCGUACCAUCCCCGCGGCCUCCACGGCUACGAUAACCUCCACCCGCUCAUGCGCGCUAUGUUUGUUGCCCGCGGCCCGGCGUUCCAACACCUCCACGGCGAGGGGAAGGAGUGGCUCGGCCUCGAUAGGCACUCGGGCGCCGUCACGGUCAAUGAGACGCUCACGAAGGGCGCGGUGCGCGCGGGAAGAGUCCAGCCGUUUACGAAUGUCGAGGUGUAUCGGCUGCUGUGCCAGAGUCUGGGGAUUAAGGAGGCGGCUAGUGAUGCCACCCUGGUGGAGCUGAAGUUGGUUGGCGAGGAUGAGCCGGAGCCAGAAGUUAAGCCUGGCGCGGGCGAUGACUUCGAGCACACAUCUACUGCGUCAACAACCGCUUCUUCUUCCUCGGACUCUUCCUCGGACUCCUCCGCUGCGCAGGAGCCAACAAAGAGCAUCGGCAUACAAACCCCGGAGCCACUACCCGUGCGACCAACCAAGAUCUCGGAUCCCAACGCGCCAGUGGUGACGGGCACACCGCAGAAUAUUGGCAUAUCGCCGCCGACCCCGCCCGAGGGGGAGGAGGAGGGCGGUGAUGACAAGGGUGGUGAUAAGACGUGGUGGGAGCUGCUCAAGAGUAAGGCUGAGCGCCUCAAGGGGAAGCUCGAGGGCUGGUGGAGUAGUGUUUGGGUCGAUGAUGCGAGUGCGGAUGCGGAUGCGGAUCUAGAUGAUACGCCGGGGCCUACGUGAGGGGAUGGGGCGGGGUGGUG